AUGGUGCGGUUCAUGGCCUUGGCAGACUCUGAGCCCAGAGGCUCUGCUGCAAAACUGGUCUGCUACUUCACGAACUGGGCCCAGUACCGUCCGGGGGCAGCUCAAUUCUUACCCAGGGAUGUAGACCCCAACCUGUGUACCCACCUCAUCUAUGCCUUUGCUGGAAUGGACAAUCACCAGCUCAGCUCUGUGGAGUGGAACGACAAGCUUCUCUACCAGGAGCUGAACGGCCUAAAGAAGAUGAACCCCAAGCUGAAGACUUUGUUAGCCAUCGGGGGCUGGACCUUUGGUACCCAGAAGUUCACAGAUAUGGUGGCCACGGCCAGCAACAGGCAGACCUUCGUCAACUCAGCCAUAAGGUUCCUGCGCACUCAUGGUUUUGAUGGCCUUGACCUUGACUGGGAGUACCCAGGAAGCCGUGGAAGCCCAGCAGUAGACAAAGAGAGAUUCACGGCCUUGCUACAAGACUUGGCCACGGCCUUCCAGGAGGAAGCCCAGACCUCAGGGAAGGAACGGCUCCUUCUGACGGCACCUGUGCCAGCUGGGCGAGACCACGUGGAUGCUGGCUAUGAGGUGGACAAGAUGGCUCUGAGCUUGGAUUUCGUCAGCCUUAUGGCCUAUGACUUCCACGGCUCCUGGGAAAAGACCACAGGACACAACAGCCCCCUCUUCAAAAGGCAAGAGAGUGAAGCAGCCACUGGGCUCAACGUGGAUGCUGCUGUGCAGCUCUGGCUACAGAAGGGGAUGCCUGCCAGCAAACUGAUCCUCGGCAUGCCCACCUAUGGACGCUCCUUCACCCUGGCCUCCUCAUCAGACAACAGAGUUGGGGCCCCAGCCACAGGGCCUGGUGCUCCAGGUCCCUAUACAAGGGAAGGAGGGAUACUGGCUUACUUUGAGGUCUGCUCCUGGAAAGGAAAACACAGAAUCGAGGACCAGAAGGUGCCCUAUGUCUUCCAAGACAACCAGUGGGUGGGAUUUGAUGACAUGGAAAGCUUCAGAGCUAAGGUCAGCUAUCUGAAACAGAAGGGGCUGGGAGGGGCCAUGGUCUGGGCCCUGGACUUGGACGACUUCACAGGCUCCUUCUGCAACCAGGGCCAGUACCCUCUCAUCCGGACACUGUGGCGGGAACUGAAUCUUCCCUCCGUGCCUCCAAGAAGCCCAGAACAGGAAGCAUCUGGACCACACCAGCCUCCCGAGCCAGAGCAGGGACCCAGCCCGGGCGUAGAUACCUUCUGCCAAGGCAAAGCUGACGGGCUCUACCCCAACCCUGGAGAAAAAUCCAGUUACUACAGCUGUGCAGGGGGGCGGCGGUUCCAGCAGAGCUGUCCGCCGGGCUUGGUGUUCAGUGACUCUUGCAAGUGCUGUACCUGGAGUUGAGUCCCUGGAACCCCGUCCACUCCAGCCUGAGGCCAGGCCUGGGAGUUCCCCAACAGCCUGCCUCUGCUUUCCCUGGGGGCUGCAGGCUUCUCCGUUCGUUCAGUGACCCGGCCUCUGCUCAG